CGGCGCGUUCGGCUCUGAACGCUUCCGCAAGCUGCGCUGCGCUGUUCUGAGGCUGAUGUUAGGCAUUCGGCCUUGAAGAGACGCCGUCGCCGCGGAGUCGGUUGUGUUCCGAGCUGGCCGCCGGGAGUGGGGCGGCGGAGCAAACAUGAAUGUUGGAGUUGCCCACAGUGAGGUGAAUCCAAAUACCCGUGUAAUGAAUAGCCGGGGUAUGUGGCUGACAUAUGCAUUAGGAGUUGGCUUGCUUCAUAUUGUCCUACUCAGUAUUCCCUUCUUCAGUGUUCCUGUUGCUUGGACCUUAACAAAUGUUAUACAUAAUCUGGGGAUGUAUGUAUUUUUGCAUGCAGUAAAAGGAACGCCGUUUGAAACUCCUGACCAGGGUAAAGCAAGGCUCCUAACUCAUUGGGAACAACUGGACUAUGGAGUACAGUUUACAUCUUCACGGAAGUUUUUUACAAUUUCUCCAAUAAUUCUAUAUUUUCUGGCAAGUUUCUAUACGAAGUAUGAUCCAACUCACUUCAUCCUAAACACAGCUUCUCUCCUGAGUGUGCUAAUUCCUAAAAUGCCACAGCUACAUGGUGUUCGGAUCUUUGGAAUUAAUAAGUAUUGAAGUGUUUUGGAAUGGAACAAAAUUUUUACAGCUACUGAGUUUUCUGUAAGAAAGGAGUGGUUAGUGAACUGCACUGUUUCCAUGAUAAUGUGAAAUGAGAAGUAUUUACAUUGGAGGGCCAGUUGCUGGUUCUUCAUAUGCUGUUUUGAAGUGCAGAUACUUACUAGAAGAUGCCUCUGUGUAAUGCAUGUGGUAUCUUUCUGAAGAGAGGCUUUAUAGGCAGGCUGGGCAGGCCCAGCUUAUAAGUUAAAUGGCUGUAAAGUGAGGGUAUAGUAGUAGAUAAAUCCAAGGAAAUAAGAGAUUUACAAGACACCAAGACCAGCUUGGCUUAUAAUAAGUGGGCAUUAUGUUAGGAGAAGAAAAUUUCCAGUCAGUCCGUUUAAGCAGACAUACAUGUAAACCAGAAUCAUCUCUUUACAAGUUUAUUAUAGAUCAUUUUUAUUACCAUAUGUGUUCCUUUUAUGGUAUAUAAGAGGAUAUUUCCCUCUUGUUUUAUACAAAGCAAUCCCUACUUUAUGAUUGUGCAUUUUUGGUUUUGCUGGCUCAACAUUGUAUUGAAGGAUGAAGUCAUUUUUACAUUUAUUAAGUUACUGAGUUCAUGAAAGUCCACCUUCAUGACUGGUGAUAAGACAGCCAGGCAUCUUAUAAACAGCCUCUGAGUCAGCCUUCUAAUUUUGGAGCAGAGUGGGUUUUGCUGCCUUUCCAGACACAAGGCUGCUAAUCCAAUUAAGAAAAUAAUUUAUUUCACACAGUUAAAAUAUAUGGUAAUUUAAAGCUGUCUGCUUAUUUGGUUGAUAACCUAAUUGUUAAAGUCUGCUAUUGUUUAGAAAAGGAAACAUAAAAUGGACAACUAUUUUAGCCAACCUGUGGUCUGGCAGAAACUGCUUCUGUAGCAGUAGUACCAAAGUAAAUAAUGGAGUCUUCUUUAGCGGGAUUGCAGUAAAAGACAACACUGCCUUUUCUUACACCCCCUGCUCUCAAUCCCCAUAUUUUGCCCAUUAAUGUUUUGCCUUUCAAUACAUGGAUGUUACUGUAGAUUAAGCCAAAGUGGUAACUGUUUCCAAAACAGCAACCAUAUUGAAAUCUUGUGACAUUAAUUGCAAGAAAUAACUACUUUGAGAAGGAAACAUGUCAAAAACAAAGUUCUGAUACGGGAUGAAACUGAAAAAUCCAGUAAUAUUUGUAAACAAAACCGAGUGAAAAGUUAUAGACCAACUGAAAAAUCAAUUUGUUUCAUUCAAAAAACUGACUUUCGGGGGGUAAUGAUCAUUGUUUUGUAUUUCAGAAGUACUGAGUUUAGAAAUCAGUUGUAUGAUAAUGCUUUUGUAUGUUUGUCUUUUCCCAUGUAUUUUUAAACCAGUAAUCUAUACUUGAAUAAAACUUUUCUUUCACGUAAGAUUAUUACAAAUAAUCUCCAAAUUCAGUCAGCAAUGUCACAUUUACUUUUCAAGGUUUUUUUAAGCAACUGAAUUUGUAAAAUUACGAUAGUUAAAAAUGUUCCUUUGCUUUUCUUCAUUUUAAAGGCUUAUAUUUUUGCACAGACUUCAGGGAUAGAAAUCUGCUUCUGUUAAUACAGGCCUUCUGCUUUUUUCCCCACUUGUCACCCUUCAAUGUUUUAAAAAUAUUUAUUCAAUAGAUAUUUGAGGGCCCAGUCUAGUGUAGGUAUUGUGGCUAUAGUUUGUAAGUAAGACAGACAAAAUCUUUUCCCUUACAAGCUUACAUUCAAAUUGGAGAACAGAUAAUAAAUGAGUUAAAACAUAUUAUUUCAUGUAGUGAUAAAUGCCAUGGAAAAAAAAAUUAAGCAGGUGAAAGGAGAAGCUACCUCAGAAAGCCUUCCCUUAUGUUCCUAAGGUGAUUUUUAGACUAGAAAGGAGUAAUAAAGGAGGAUGAGAAUGGUAAAAAAUGAGGUCAGAGAAAUAGAAAGGGUUAGAUCAUUUAGGGUUCUAUUGGCCAAGGUAAUAAGCAAAUUUUCUUCUAAGCUUGACAAAGCCAUUGGAUAGUUUUACAUAGGAGAUUAAAGGCUAAUGUUGAGAAUAAAGUGUAAAGGAAUAGGAAGCAGGAAGAAUAGUUGGGAAACUACUACAGGCAAGAGGUAGUUCAGACUAGGAAAAUGGCUGUGAUGAAGUGGUUAAGAAGUGGUCAAAUUUGGUGUAUGCUUUUUUGGUCUUAACACCUGGGUGAAUGGUUGUAUUAAAUAUGGAAACUUCCCAGUUUCACAAGUUUGUAUCGUUUAAUGUGAAAAAAACUUUUUUUUUUUUUAACAAAAUCUAUAAUGACUAUUAUUUGGGUUAAAACUAAUUGCUGUGCUGUAAUUGCUCCUAAUUUCAAAUCAGGAAACAGUGGCGGUCUCUAAAUAUGCCAUAAGUUCAUAAGUGCCACUAAUUUUAGCAUUCAUUGGUGAAUUUUCCCUGCAACAAUUAGUACUGUGGAGUUCCAUGGUGGUUUUCUAGUUCCCUAUUCCUUCCACAUUUAUUUAUUGGAAUUCUGUAAGGAAGAUUUUUUUUCUUCUCCAUUUAUUCAUUCAAUCAUUAUUUUGGACGUACAGAUAUUCUUUGGUUUAUAGUUCAUUAUUAUCAUUACUAAUUUGUUCAAAUUGUUCUCCAAAUUUGGCCAUUGGAAGUCAAAGUUCCCAGUCAUAAUUUCCAAGUUGGCUUCUGUGUCUUUUUGACCUACCCCCCCCCACCUUUUUUUCCUUAAGCAUAGAACCAUAUUUUUAGGUUUAAUGCACUAUGGUCUUUACUAAAGUACUACUUUACUAAAGUACUACUAAACUAUAAAGAUCCUAAGGGGCAUAACAAUAUCUCCUUAACUAAUAUCUGUAUGAAUUAGCCUUAUGGAGUUAUGAUGCUAAGAGUUGGAAAAGACCUUAGAGGCUAUAUAAUUUCAACUCCUUACCUUACCUUGAAUUUUCAUUAACCAUCAUGCCUCCAUUCAGUUCUGUGUUAGUGCUAAUAAAGGAGGACUUAUAAGGCUGCAUUUUUGUAAUGGAAUUUAUAACUUAUUUUACAUUAAGCCGAAAUCUAAUCCUUAUUCUACACAACUCUUCAACUGUUUAACUUUUAAACUGUUACCAAUAGCACUGAGUAAACAUUACCAGGGUCUUCACCAUUUUCCAUGUGAUAUGGUUUCAAAUUUCUCCUACUAUCCUGGUAAUUCUGCUCUGAGUUGCAGUUUAUUAUUAUAUAGUAUUAGAGCUAACUACAAGAGGUGAAAAGAUGUGAUGUCAUUACAGUGGUACCAAUUCUCUUGUUCCGGAUCCUUUUUUUUUUUUCUUAAUGUAGUCUGAUUUUAGCUCUUUUAACAGCCACAUAUCACUGAUUCACCUUACAGUCACUAAAACCUCAACUGUUCAACAUGUAGUGCCUUUAAAUGAUGGCUUUCCCUUCAUAUACUUAAUGGAUUUAUUAAACCAAGUCUAAGAUUUCUUUUUCCUGUGGAACCCUAUCUUGUUAGAUUGAAACUUAAUUGUCAUGCAAUAUAUUUCACCUAUAUUAUAUCUCCUUUAUUAAUAUGUCAUCAGUAAAUAAGCCCCAAAAUGCUCUCAUGCUAAUCCUGAAGAAGACAAAUGUAGCAACCCAGCAUAGACCAAUGCAGUUUUGUAACGCUUCUAACAAGACAGAGUAAUUUUCAAAACAAUUACAUGCAUAUUACAUGUGGCUGUAGGAAAUGUAAACAGGUUCAGUACUGGGAAGACAGGUCUAAGUAAAAUAAUCUAAAAGGAAGUUUGUAGUAGCACUGGGAAGGGAAGGAAGGUAGGUAAGAGAAUAGCAAAGAUAAACUCUCCCUUAUUUUGCCUAAUGUCAAAAAGAAGAGUUAUGAAAUAUCUUAGGUUUUUAUUUUACUCCCUAAUUUCAGUUCCAGUUAAAAAAAUGAUUCAGCAGGUAGUUUAUUAUAUGGGGUUUAAAAUUUUUCAUUUCACUUUAAAUGAACACAUGAGAAUUAUAAACUCAAAUUUAGAAUACUGAAUAUCUUAGUUAUGUAGUACACGGUAGGCUUCAACUGUAUUGGGUAAUAAUAUUACUCUUAAAUUAGUGUUGCGUUCACAGAAGUUGAUUAUAGUAUUCUUGACACUUUCACAAUCUGAAAUAUUUCAUAAUUAAAAGUUUAGUAGAAAUAUAUUUGGAGUCUAUGUUCAGCAUUGUAAUUUAUUUCUUGACUCAUUCAAGCCUUUGAUAAUCAACUAAUGAUGAUGGAAGUGACAACCUGUAGCACUAAAUUUCUAUAUAAUUCUAAGUUUAGCAGAUAGGCCAAGUUUAUCACUAUGUUCACUCUAACUGUAUAAUUA